CUAUUAAAAAAACGUGCUUCUCUAUUCUCUGGUUUACCAAAUUACAAACCCGUGUAGCAUCUGUCUUCCUCUUUCUCUCUCUCACCGUAUAUAUUUCAUAUAUAUAUAUAUGUCUAUCUAUCUAUCUCUCUAGUCUCUCCCUAUAUAUACUAUAGAUGUGGAUAGAUAGAUAUUGAUAGUACGCAAACAUUGCCUUUCAAUUAGGAAAUCGCUCUCUUUGCAUUUGCUCAACCAAUGAUGGCUUCUUGUGCUUCUUACUCUUCCCCUCUCUAUUCAUCGCCACCAUUUGCCCUUCAAAACCCUAAAAUCUCUUCGAUACCCUCUCCCCCGCAAUGGCUUAACCAUUUCGGACUCACAUUUCAGCCCAAAAAGCGCAUUAGGGUUCGGAACUUGCCUCCUUCUCCAACGGUCUUCUGCCUGCGUGACCCCAAAGCUACAGUGGUCACGGGAAAUUCAUGGGACAAAUUGAUUUUAAACAGUGAAGUCCCUGUCCUCGUUGAAUUCUAUGCUAGUUGGUGCGGACCCUGCAGGAUGGUUCACCGGGUGAUUGACGAGAUUGCAGCAGAGUAUGCUGGCAGAGUAAAAUGCUUUAUGCUUCACGCAGACAGUGAGUCAGAAAUUGCUGAGAACUAUGAUAUUAAGGCUGUGCCGGUUGUUUUGCUGUUUAAGAAUGGAGAGAAACGCGAUUCUGUGGUUGGUACCAUGCCCAAGGAGUUCUAUGUGUCUGCUAUCGAAAAGGUCCUGACUUCAUAAUUGUCUCUAUAUUACAAGUAAAACUUUCAGGAUAGUUGAUCAAAAUUCUCUACGAAAUAUGCGAUUAACAUCCCUUGAUUUUCAGUCGUUCGUUGUAGUGCUUUGUAAGUAGGUGUUUACGUACAAUCAUGAUCUCUUGUUACUACUAGUUGUUAGGCUGUUCCAGUAUUUUUGGAACUUUGAUUCUAUGUUCUGUACAGAAUUUGAAUUGUUCUGCCUUUUUUUGGAAAUCUGAACUGAAUUCUUGUUCUUUAGCA